AAUACAGAAGAAUUAGAACUUCAAUUUUUAAUGCACUUAACAGGUUCAUAGGGGGCAGAUUUAUUGUGGUCCUAUAAAGGAAAUAUAGGGCAGCUGUUAAGACCUCUGUGGCAAAUACCACUAAAGCAGAAUCUCUCUCAGCAGUUGGAAAAGCUGAAGCAAAGCUUGUUCUUCAGUAUACACUGGUAAUUGCCCACAGCUACAAAGCCCACAGGAACUUGGUCUGGACAUCAGUUAUACAUGAGACUCCCUAACAUGAACCACAGGCUAUUCAGCCUUUUAACAGAGGAGACAAGAUGCCUCCCCUCUGUUUCUUUGCCAGUCCUACUGCAUUCUAGUCCAUCAUGGUGUCUGUGGCUGAAUUUCUUCAUGGAUGUGGUAAAAAUUUUUCAGCUGUUUUCUCAGGUGUGUGUUUCUCCAUUACCUUUAAAUAAGGAUGUUUAAUAGGGCCUGAGCUUUUUUUUUCUGAUUUGCAGAUUCCCUUACGUUAGCAGCUCUUAAUUCUUUCCACCCAAGGUCUAAAUCCUUCCCUCUUAAACUGGUGUCAAGUUACAAUUACUAACAAACGACUUGUGGCCUUAGUGCCAAGUGACACUCCAUUCAAUACUCGACGAGCCUACACAAGCGAAGAUGAAGCUUGGAAAUCAUACUUGGAGAAUCCUUUGACAGCAGCCACCAAGGCUAUGAUGAGCAUAAAUGGAGAUGAGGACAGCGCUGCUGCUCUUGGCUUGUUGUAUGAUUAUUAUAAAGUUCCCAGAGAUAAAAGGCAGUUGUCUGUUAACAAAGUGAGUGACAGUCAAGAAGACCAAGAUAAAAGAAGUUGUCUUGGUGCUAAUGAGACUCAGAGUAAUUUGAGUGGAGGAGAGAACCGAGUGCAAGUCCUGAAGACAGUGCCAGUUAACCUUUCCUUAAACCAGGAUCACCUGGAGUCUUCCAAAAGGGAGUACAGCACAAACGUAUCUGGGAGCCCAACACAAGUUUCUGCAACUGGAAUUACUGUGGUAAAGGUAGAAGAGUUCACCCCAGUCUUUAUGGCCCCACAAGUUCAUUAUACAAGAGGAGAAAAUGAGGAACACCGUGGGGUUAUCUUUGAACAGACUCAGUAUGAAAUGCCCAACAUUGCCCCACAUACAAACUAUCUCAAAGAUGACCAGCGUAGUACUCCUGAUAGUACUUACAGUGACACUUUCAAAGACGGGGGAACAGAGAAGUAUCGUAGUGCAUCAGUGGGGGCUGAAGAAUAUAUUUAUGAACAAACUGCAAGCAGCACUUUUCAGUAUACUCUAGAAGCUACCAAAUCAUUGCGUCAAAAGCAGGGAGAGGGACCCAUGACCUAUUUAAACAAAGGACAGUUCUACGCCAUUACUCUGAGUGAGACGGGUGACAACAAGUGUUUCAGACAUCCCAUCAGCAAAGUCAGGAGUGUGGUCAUGGUCGUAUUCAGUGAAGAUAAAAACAGAGACGAACAGCUGAAGUACUGGAAAUACUGGCAUUCACGGCAGCACACAGCUAAACAGAGAGUCCUUGACAUAGCUGAUUACAAAGAGAGUUUUAACACCAUUGGGAAUAUUGAGGAAAUUGCAUACAAUGCUGUGUCCUUUACUUGGGAUGUCAAUGAAGAAGCGAAGAUUUUCAUCACAGUGAAUUGCCUGAGCACAGAUUUUUCUUCACAAAAAGGUGUAAAGGGGCUUCCUUUGAUGAUUCAAAUUGACACUUACAGCUACAAUAAUCGCAGCAAUAAACCCAUCCACCGAGCCUACUGCCAGAUCAAGGUCUUUUGUGACAAGGGAGCAGAGAGAAAAAUUCGUGAUGAAGAGAGGAAGCAAAACCGAAAGAAAGGGAAAGGCCAAACAGCACAAGGCCCAUGCAAUAACUCAGCUGAAGGGAAAUUGACUGCUAUCCCUCUGCAAAAAAAGAGCGACAUCACCUACUUCAAAACAAUGACUGACCUGGAUUCCCAGCCAGUUCUCUUCAUACCAGAUGUUCACUUUGGAAACCUACAAAGGACUGGACAGGUUUACUAUAACACAGAUGAUGAAAGAGAAGGGAGCAGCAUCCUGGUUAAAAGGAUGUUCCGGCCUGUGGAGGAGGAGUUUGGCCCAUCACCUUUGAAACAAAUGAAAGAAGAAGGACUGAAAAGAGUGCUUCUGUAUGUGAGGAAGGAGACUGAUGAAGUGUUUGAUGCUUUGAUGCUGAAGUCGCCUACAGUAAAGGGGCUAAUGGAAGCAAUAUCUGAGAAAUAUGGACUUCCAGUAGAAAAGAUUGCAAAACUUUACAAGAAGAGCAAAAAGGGUAUCUUGGUAAACAUGGAUGAUAACAUCAUUGAGCACUACUCCAAUGAGGACACUUUCAUCCUGAACAUGGAGAGCAUGGUGGAAGGUUUCAAGAUCACGCUGACCGAGAUAUAGUUCAGCUCAGACCCAGAGUUUUUUUUCCUGAGGAACCACAGCAUUUCAUCCUUGCUUAACAGAAGAAACUUCCCCAGGAACCUUACAGACUUGUCAACCUUGACCAGAGAAGCUGUUACAAGACUACUUUGAAAAUAUCAUCCUUUCUGCUCUUUGACACUGAAUGUGCCCAACAACCACUGAUUUAAGUUUGUCAAGGACAAGACCAUAUGCAUUAACUUAGUGCUUUAUUUAUUGCUCCCCCAUCUCCAACGUACAAACAUUUUUUAGUCCCCAGAUUGAUUACCAGGUGACCCACUGGUAAAUGGUGACUUUUUAAUCCCUACAUUAAUGUGGAUAAAAUCCUCCCAGAUUAGGUAAAAGAAUCUUACUGGUCCAUCUUGGGAAAUCUAGUUGAAACUGCUUUAACAAUAGCUUUCUCUGCAAUAGCUAAGAAAAAUGGAUACUCCUAAAUAGUAUAGGGCUAACGAUGGGGAAAGUAGCCAAGAGUUUCCCUGUUCAGACUGAUCCAUAUUGCCCUAUAGUGUAUAGUCUUGCCAAAUACCUCUGGUAGUUCUCAGCAUGUAGCAACGAGGACUUGUAAGAAAGACAUUCAGCUACAAUGUAAUUUGUAAGUAAACUGGACAGAAACCAUUUUAACCUUGUAUAUAAUGUUUAUAAUAUGCAAUAAUAUAUUUUACCUACUCUGUG